CAGCUGAUUGACAAUCUGGCAACCUUUCGCAAUUGUUUCAAUAAUGUCGGCUCCAACACGGUCACAAAUUCUGCUCCUUUAUAAACAUCUUAUCCGUUACGGCAAUCACCUGAAAUUGACUGACAAGAACUAUUUUCUGGGUCGUGUGCGUCACGAGUUCCGGGGAAACCGCGAGCUUACCAAUCCCCUCGAAAUUGAGUUUAGCUUUAAGCGUGGAGAGACUCUUUUGCGAAAGGGCCGUAUACUCUAGCCAUGUUACGUCGCCUGGUAUGGUCUCCG